AUGAAAUUCGCAACAGUUCUAGUCACUUUGGCGGUCGUAGCCCUCGUCCGGGCCGACGCGUCCAGCGCCGACAAGAAGACAACGAAACACGAAAAGAGGAGCUUGGGCGGUUACGGCUCUGGAUUAGGACUUUCCGGUCUCGGCUACAGCUCUGGACUCAGCUACGGCUCUGGUCUCGGCUACAGCUCUGGUCUCAGCCACGGCUCCAGUCUCGGCUACAGCUCCGGUCUUGGCUACGGAUCCGGUCUCGGCUAUGGAUCCGGUCUGGGCUACAGCUCCGGUUUGAAAUACGGUUCCGGGCUGGGCUAUAGCUCAGGUCUUGGAUACGGUUCCGGUCUGAGCUCCGGCUACGGUCUGGGAUACGGUUCCGGUCUUGGCUACGGUUCUGGUCUAGGAUACUCCGCUGCCGCUCCCGCACCAACAACUGGCCCCAUUGUUCCAAUCUCCAAGGAAGUGCACAUCAUCAACCGACAUGCCCAACCGGUGUCCGCCCCAUACCCAGUGCCAGUAACUCAUGACGUACCUGUACCUGUGCCACAUGCAGUGCCCUACCCGGUCGACAAACCAUACCCAGUCCAUGUGCCAGCCCCAUAUCCAGUUCCAGUCGAAAGGCCCGUCCCGUACGCAGUCGACAGACCUAUUCCCCAUCCAGUGCCAUCACCUUACCCAGUCCCAGUUGUCCGUGACGUGCCAGUUCCAGUGUCCAAGCCGUACGCAGUUCCAGUAGUCAAACAAAUCCCCGUUCCAGUGGCCACUCCAGUCAUCGUGCCAGCCGUGCACCACUCUGCACCAUUGAUCUCUUCCAGCUACAGCGCCGGACUUGAAUCGUCUGCAAUUGGUUACGGUUCUGGUUACGGUUCCAGUUACGGUUCCAGCUACGGUUCCAGCUACGGUUCCGGUUACGGACUUGGAUCUUCCGCCAUCGGUUACGGUGCUUCUUCAUACGGUUCCGGUAGCCUGUACAGCGGAUCUUUGGGAUACAGCAGUGGAGGUCUGUCUUCAUAUGGACACGGAGCCCACAGUUUCGAUUACAAGAAAUAA